AUGUAUACUGGUGCUAAUAUGGUUGAAAUGCAAAAUGGUGCUCCAAAUCGUCCAAUUCAUAUUCAUGUUGCAUCUGAUCAACUGCAAGAAUGUGCUUUUCCCAGAAGGCAACAAUUAAAAUUAGCUAAUGAUCGACGUAUGUGUGUUUGUUGGAAUGAUGAGAAUGUCACUGAUGAAGUCGAUUGUCCAUCUCGUAUUUGUAAUGGAAUAAAUAGAACCAUUGUUUCACAUAUAUAUUGCACAAAUAAAUAUUAUGUUCGUGCUAUUGGUCCGGAUGAAAAAAGUGAAUUAACAGUUUCACGUGAUUUUAUGGAAUUAUCAGGUAUAACAUAUGAUUGGAAAGAUCAAAAAUGA